ACUCACGUCCCCGUUUUAUAGAGCCUAUAACCAUGAUUAAUGUCAACGAGUCUACGCCGCCUGGGGUGGUGGUCGCCACGUUGACCGCCAAGGACCCCGACCUGCAUCCACGGCUGGAGUAUUACAUCAUUUCAGUGGAGGCAAAGGAUGAUGGCAACAAUCCUGUGGAAGGCCUGCAGGAGUCCUUUGGCAUUGACCUACACACCGGUGCUGUGUUUGUACGAAACCCACUCAACAGAGAGCAGGUAGCAACCUUCGAGAUUAUUGUGUCUGUUCACGACAAUGCUAGUGAGGUUAUCGACAAGUCUGGCAGUGUCCCGAAUGCAAGACUAACCAUCAACAUUUUGGAUGUAAACGACAACGCUCCUCGUUUCCGGCCUUUUGGAGUUACAAACUUUACCGAAAAGAUUUUGGAGGGAGCGCAGCCAGGCACAACAUUGCUGUCAGUGUCAGCUGUGGACCCGGACAAAGGCCCCAAUGGUCAGGUCAUCUAUCAACUGCUCCACCUACCACGAGGGGGUUACGUCAGACUGGAGGACCCCUCCACUGGUAAGAUUGUUGCAAACCAGACGGUGGACUUCGAACAAGUGCAAUGGCUUAAUUUCACAAUCCGGGCAAGGGACCACGGAAGUCCUCCCAGGAUUGCUGAGCUGCCCGUUUAUCUCCGCAUAGUGGAUGUCAACGACAACAACCCAGUCUUCUUACAACCGUCAUAUCAGGAACCUGUUUUUGAGAACGUGAACCUCGGCACCACUAUUGUUCGUGUCAGUGCCACUGAUGCCGAUUCUGGUCUGUUUGCUGUUGUUGAGUACAGCUUGGUAGACGGGGAGGGCAAGUUUGGCAUUAGACCGACCACUGGAGACAUCUACAUCCUCUCUCCAUUGGAUAGAGAGACAAAGGACCACUACACUCUAACUGCUGUGGCCCGUGAUAACCCUGGCGGCAGUUCCAACAACAGACGAGAGAACUCUGUCCAGGUCCUCGUCACAGUUCUCGAUGUCAACGAUUAUCGACCCCGGUUCUCCGAGCGAGCGUUCACCACCAGCGUCUUUGAGAACGAGCCUAGCGGAACAUCAGUGAUUACUGUGAAAGCUACUGAUCUGGAUGAAGGAGAGAAUGGUGCAGUACUCUACAGCAUGCUGGGACCCCACGCAGAUGCUUUUUCCUUGGAUCCAAACACAGGCCUGGUGCGUUCCCGCCGCCUGCUGCAGUCGUCUGAGAGCUUCAACCUGACUGUGGUGGCUACAGAUCAGGGGCGUCCUCCUCUGUGGGCAACCGCCGACCUCAUCAUCACAGUCAUAGAUGUGAAUGACAACAGGCCUAUAUUUGUCAGACCCUCCAAUGGAACCAUCAUACAUAUAUCAGAGGAGCAGCCUCCGGGCUUGCCGGUGUACGAGGUACAUGCAACCGACGCAGAUGAGGGGGUGAACGGAGAGGUGCGCUACGGCUUCCUGCAGACGGGAGCGGGCAACAGAGACUGGGAAAACUUCCACAUCGACGCCACGUCUGGAGUCAUUACAACUACCGUCAAACUGGACAGGGAGAAACAGACCCUCCACAGUCUUAUCAUUGUGGCACGGGACAUGGGUCAACCAGUGCCUUAUGAGACCACGCAGCCUCUGCAGGUGGCGCUGUUGGACAUUGAUGACAAUGAGCCGGUCUUUCUCAAACCUCCACGUGGUAGCUUAUCUUACCAGAAGCUGACCGUGUCUGAGCACUCCCCUCCAGGAACCGUGGUAGGGAACGUGACCAGAGCUGUGGACGCUGACGAAGGCUCCAAUGCCAUUGUUUACUACUUCAUUGCAGGAGGGAACAACGAUGGAAACUUUGGCUUGAGUCUAGACGGUGAGCUAAAGUUGUAUAGGGAACUGGAUCGCGAGGAGAACCCAGUCUACACUCUCAUCAUCAAGGCCUCCAGUAACAAGAGCUGGAGUCCUUCCAGGGGUCAAAGGGCAGCACGGGCGCGGGCCCUGGAUCCUGCUCGAGAUCCCAGUCUGCUUGAGAUCCGCAUUGAACUGGACGACAUCAAUGACCAGAAACCACGAUUUUCCAAAGCAGAGUACACUGCAGGGGUUGCUGCUAACGCCAAAGUGGGUUCCGAGCUGAUCAAAGUUGUGGCGAUAGAUAACGACAUCGGCAACAACAGCUUGGUCCAGUAUCACAUUGUUACCAUCCGUUACUUCCAGUCUCAGAGCAACGGCAGUGAGGACGUUGGGAGCAUCUUUACCAUUGGUUUGACUGACGGCAUCAUCCGCACCUACGACCUCUUCACGGCUUACAACCCCGGGUAUUUCCAGCUGGAGAUUUUGGCGUGCGACCUGGCCGGGCACAGUACUACCACGAACGUGAACAUCUACAUCCUGCGGGACGACCAGAGGGUCAAGAUCGUCUUUAAUGAGAUUCCCGAUUUGGUCCGUGAAAACCAGGAUGAUUUCAUCAAUUUGCUGUCCAACAUCACGGGAGCCAUUGUCAACUUAGAUGACAUACAGUUUCACGUGGACAAGAAGGGCAGGGUGAAUUAUGCCCAUACAGACAUGCUGGUCCACGUGGUCAACAAUCAGAGCAACACCAUCCAAGACGUGGAAAGGGUGAUCCAGCUAAUCGAUGAAAACAAGGAGCAGCUGAGAAAUCUGUUCAGGACGUACAACGUGGUGGAUGUUCAUCCCGCCGUCAGUGACAAGCUCCCUGAUGACAUCACCACUCUGCAGCUCGUCAUCAUCAUUCUGGCCGUGCUGCUGUGCCUGGCUGGUAUAUUGUUUGUCUCGAUGAACUGGCAUUAUCGCAGAGUACAUCAGAGGAAGCUCAAAGCGAUCGUCGCGGGAUCAACAGGGAACCAAGGUUUAAUGGAUAUUCUGGACAUGCCCAACACCAACAAGUACUCUUUUGAGGGCGCUAAUCCCGUGUGGCUCGAUCCCUUCUGUCACAACCUGGAGCUGGCUGCUCAGGCGGACCAUGAAGACGACCUGCCUGAGAACCUGAGCGAGAUAACGGACCUGUGGAACAGUCCUGCUCGCACUCAUGGAACGUUUGGUCGCGAGCCUCAAGCCAAGCCGGAUGACGAUCGUUAUUUGAGAGCGGCGAUUCAGGAGUACGACAACAUCGCCAAACUAGGCCAGAUCAUGAGGGAGGGGCCUAUCAAGCUAAUCCAAAGCGAUCUGGAUGACGAGGAGGACGAGCGUGUGAGCAUGAGUGGGGGUCGGGGAACACUGCGCUUCAAACAUAAGCUUCCUGUGGAGUUGAAGGGACCGGAAGGUGUGCAUGUGGUCCAUGGCAGCACCGGCACCCUGCUCACCUCUGACAUCAACAGCCUGCCAGAGGACGACCAGCGGGCUGUGGCACGUUCUCUGGAGGCUCUCAACGCAGACGGCGGACUUUAUUCCGAACGAAACGCCCGCACCGAGUCGGCCAAGUCGACUCCGAUGCACCGCCACAAGGACGGGGAGUUAACGCCCAGCCCGCUGGAAAUCACCGAGUUAUGACUAGCCGAGGCCUCGCUGGUCUGAGCUGGAUGGUGACUCAAGUGUGUGUGCUUGUGUCUCCACACCGCCACCCUGACCCUGCUGGGAAGACACGAAGACCACAGCGUGAGCAGUCUUGUCCACUCAUGGGCACAAACUCACAGAUGGUUUAACUGGGUUGUGCUUCAAGAGCAAUUUUUUUCUUUUAAAAGAGUCAGCAGGGAGGCGUCAUCAACUUUCAUCAUAAGAGCAGAAUGGACAAAGUGGAAGACGCGUGUUCAACUCAAAGGGCUGCGUUCUGACUUUGUACUUGGGAAAGCAUAACUGGACUGCAUCCACUCACACCAACACAAAUGCACACACUGGGAGUAAAGCAGCUCAGACCAGCGAACGGCCUUCAGCGGGACAAUGAAUAUUCAAAUUCAUCAUCACAUUCUGAGUUUGUUUGCAAGUGUAAAACAAAAAAAAGUGUUGGUGGAGUGAUGGUAGUAAUGAUGGAAAUGUGAUGAUGCAGUCAACCGCCACGCCUCUAACGACCCAGUGAUGCUUGAAGGGAACAUGCCGGUCCAGUUUUUUUGUCUUAAGCAUGUUCAGCGUUUGUGGUGUAUAUGGGGACUUUAAAAGUAUAUGUUAAAGAUGGCAAAUUUGGAAGCUAAGAUUGAUGACUUAAGUCCAAGAAAAUGUGAAUAAAUGGAAUAAAAAGUGAUUAGCUGUUGUAUUUUCUUAAUGUAAAGAUGGCGACACGGCCACAAAGACUGCCACCAGAGGGGGUUAAAGAGCUCAAAUAGAGCAAUAUUUGCUUUAUUUUCCUAUUUUAAGCAAAAAAAAAUGUAUUGAAGUUAAUAUAUUUUUUAAGGACAAAUGCCUGCUUACCAUAAUAGCAGACAUGUUGUGUGUAAAUUGUGCAAUCGUGUCUAUUUCUUUUCUAUGACGCUGUCUCUGAUAAGUGGUGUGUUUUUCAGGUUCAUUUUUAUAUUUGGUAUGUUUUUAAUUUCUUUGUCGUUACUGUCACCAGCCCUGAGAUCUGUGAUAAUAAAAUAUGCAACAUU